UAUUUUUUUUACCCGCUUGUAAAUUUUAAUAUUUUUUGAGUUGUACCAGGCAAGUUAUUUUUCGGAUUUAAUUGUGAGGAAUUUGGAAUCAAAGACCAAUUAUAUUUAUCAGACUUAAAAAAAAACAAAAAAUGUCUGGUGAAAACGAAGAUGAAGGAUUUGUGGUUCGUGUGCGUGGAUUGCCAUGGUCUGCUACCAAGGAGGAAAUACAAAAGUUUUUUAAUGGUGUUAAUAUUAAGAAUGGUGUAGAUGGUAUCCAUAUGACACUUUCUAGAGAAGGAAGACCAAGUGGAGAAGCAUAUGUGGAGGUUGAAACAGAAGAGGAUUUAACUAAAGCAUUAGAAAAGCAUAAUGAUCAUAUGGGUCAUCGAUAUAUUGAAGUCUUUAAAUCAAAAAGAAGUGAAAUGGAAUGGGUUAUUAAGCGUAGUGGUGCUCAUCAAGAAGACUCUCUUAAUGAUGGGUGUGUACGUCUUCGAGGAUUACCCUUUGGGUGUUCAAAAGAGGAAAUAUCUCAGUUCUUUUCAGGGUUGGAGAUUCUUCCCAAUGGUAUUUCUCUACCUACCGACUACCAGGGGAGGAGCACAGGGGAGGCUUACGUGCAGUUUUCAUCAAGGGAAAUAGCUGAAAAGGCGAUGGGGAAACACAAGGAAAAAAUUGGGCACAGAUACAUCGAGAUAUUUAAGAGUAGUCUUCAAGAAAUAAGAGUUGCCAUUGGCUUAUCUGGUUCUAAAAUGCGUCCUUUAAUACCUAACCGCCCAGGUCCAUAUGACCGAACUGAUCGUUUUGGUGGUAUGAUCAACAGGUAUGGAAUGGGAAGAGGUGGUCGUAAUUUUAGAGGUUUCAUGGACGAUGAAUAUAAUGGCUUUGCUGGUAAUUAUGGUAAUGGCUAUGGUGGAUAUGGUUUUAGUGGUGGAGGAUUUGGUAAUAUGGAUGGCUAUGGAGGAUGCAUGAAUAGUCCUAUGAAUGGACGUUUUGGAGGUGGAUUUGGACCAGUUGGUGGGAGAUCUUUUGGUGGUACUGGGCAUUGUGUUCAUAUGCGGGGACUACCUUUUAGAGCUAUUGAACAAGAUAUAUAUGAUUUUUUUAGGCCUUUAAAUAUUUCGCCUGUGAGUGUCCGUCUACGUAAUGACAGAAGUGGCCGUCCAUCAGGAGAAGCCGAUGUUGAGUUUGCCACUCAUGAAGAUGCUGUUAAAGCUAUGACAAGAGACAAAGCAAAUAUGCAGCACAGAUAUAUUGAACUUUUUUUGAAUUCUUCGUCUAAGCCAAUGGGAGCUGGACCUGCACCAUAUGGAGGAAAUAAUCGUUAUGGAGGUUUCUAUAGUGGAGCUGGAAAUGGUGGUUAUCAGAGCCAUGGAAUGAAUAGCAUGAUUGGUGGUAGCAAUUACUCUGCAUUUUAAGACAUAACUAAUUUGUGCUAUGUUGUUAAUUCCAUUUGUACACUAAUACCUAUGUACAUUCCAUUAAGAAUUUAAUGUUGUUGUAGCUUUCGUAUCCUUCAUAGCAUGUAAUUCAUUUAUUUGAAUGAAUUUUAAUGGCAUA